AUGGACUUCCUGCGGCAGCUGGCCGCGGACCUGCACGCGCUGCGGGGCGAGGCCAAGCGCAAGUACCCGGUGGUGAAGGAGGCCGUGGACCGCGCGCUGGAGACGCUGCCGGCGCUGCAGCAGCAGUACGCGGCGCUGCUGCGCGUGGAGGGGCGCGCGCCCGGGCCGGGCCACGCGCUGUUCCAGAGCGAGUCGGUGCUGCGGCCGUUCCUGCUGGCCUGCAACCACACGAACGCGUCGCACAAGAUCCUCGUGCUGGCGCUCAGCAGCAUCCAGCGGCUCGUCAGCUGGGACGCCAUCGAGCCGGCCAGCGUCGGCUCCAUCCUGCGCGUGCUGCAGAUCCAGGCCGAGAAGAACGCGCACGCGGACGUGCAGGUCAAGCUGCUGCAGACGCUGCUGCAGCUCAUGACGCUGGCCUACGAGGACAAGAAGGGCCCGGCCAGGCCGGCCCACAAGCCCCGGACGCCGGCCCAGGACGGCCAGCCCGGGCCAGACAGCGAGCUCGUGGGCAACGAGGACAUGGUGAUGCAGGCCGUGUGGAUCUGCAUGCACCUGCACGCGUCCAGCAGCAGCGCCAGCUCCAUGGUGGGCAACACGGCGGCCAUGACGAUCCGCCAGCUCGUGUCGCUGGCCUUCGGCAAGGUGGACUCGAGCCCCGAGGCCAAGCACGUGGGCGUGCUGCUGUUCCAGGAGCUGUGCUUCAUGAGCCGCGAGGAGAACGGCAUGUGGCUCAAGCGCACGGCCGUGUCGCCCAUGAGCGCGGCGCUUGGCGUCGAGCUGCUGGAGACGGUGCUGGCGUCGCACUACGGACUGUUCCGCUUGGACAUCGAGUUCAAGGCCGUGCUGAAGCAGCAGAUGACGCCGCUGAUCCAGACGGUGCUGGAGAUGGGCUGCAACGACAAGCACGGCGGCUCUGCAGGCUCGGGAAUCACGGGCCCGGCGAACUCGUCCAUUACCAACAGCAACACCAACGGCGCAGCGGGCCCAUUCUUCCCGCUGCUCGUCCGCGGCAUGAGGCUUGCCAGUACGCUGCUGAGCCACUUCGCUGACUGUCUUGAUGGAGAGUGUGCUUUGAUUCUGCAUGCACUGCUGGAGAUUAUUGCCACAGGAACGUACACGACCCCUGACACGUCCAAGUCGCCGCCGACGCCGUCCAAGUCACCGGACUCGAAAUUUCAUGCUGCGAACGCUAUUGCGAAUUUCAAGGAGGCGAAGAACUUCUUGACCCACUCGAGCUCGUCAAGUGCCAGUGCUUCAAGCUCCACCGGCGUUGGAGGAGGAAUUAACUUCGUCACGUGGCCCGUCCUGCUGUCGCUCGAAGUGCUGAACCGCGUAUGCCUGGAGCCGGACAUGGUCGCUGCCAUGGUAAAUUACCCUGACGGAGUACUGGUCGCCAUCACCCGUACCACGUCCUCUGUGAUCAUGACGUCACCUCCUUCGGAUUUCAAGCCCCAAGGGCCUGACGGGGCAGCACCUCGCUCGGGUUUGGAGCUACUGAACGAGCAAGAGACGCCCGUGCUGCAGCAGUUUUUCAUGGCUGUCCGCGUCGCUGCUUCUUGCCAGUGCAAUAUGGCAGCUUCGGUUUUUGAGCUGUCAAGAUCCACCGACAACGAGGAAGUAUGUGAGAAGCUGGCCAAGGCGUGUGUUGCUGUGGUGGCGCCUGCAGUGAUUCAGUCCAUGAACUGCGUGAUGCGCCACUGUCGUGAGGUGGACCUGGUUACAAUGUCUCUCAAGUCGUACCAUGUCCUGGCCACGGUGGCAUCACGGCUCCGGGCAAACAUGCAGAGUCAAAGUGCGAAGGAAGCAUGGUGCAAGCAAAUGGACGAGGUGGUGCUGACGUGCUUGCGAGCUCUGUGUGGCUUCUCCUUUCCGUUGCCGGAUGGAAUUCGAGGGAACUCGAAGGGGUCGAUUUCAACGACCGCCCCUGGUAGCGAGGAUGAAUCAGUGGCCGACGAUGGUGAGAGCUGUCUCGUGGUGAUUAGUUGGCGCGAAGUGCACGCAAUGAAGGCACUUUUCGGUGCUGCUCAUGUCAUGGAAGAAGAGUUAUCACAGAUGGAAUGGUGUGUAUUGCUGGAGGGCUUCGAAAUCGUUGUGGGGCUGACGGAUCCGAAGCUGAAGAGUGGACAGCAGAAACUCCCGACCAAAAACUACCGCAUCAGCGCUUUCCGGAUCGAAGACGAGGACGUAGAGCAGCAGCUUGUCAUGCUGAGCAACUCGAUCGUGGACUUUUUCCGCGAUGCGCUGAAGUUAAGCAGUGCUGCACUGCGUAAGCUGCUAGCUGCAGUUCGGCGGGUGUCCUGGAAUCAGGUUGGUCUCCCAAUGCCCAACAGAGAUGAGUCUACCCCCGAUUCUGCUUCACAGGGCGAGGAUUGGACUCUUGUGGAUGAUGGCGACGUGUCUAGCCCCGCAAGUAACCAUCACAUGAGGAUUUACCAAAGCUACUUGGGUGUGGGGCUUACCGGAUCAGGCACCUUCAUGCCAUGCUUCGCGUUACGUAUGCUCACCCAGUUGGCGUCGAGUAGUAAGCGGUGCUUCGAAGAAGUGAUGCGGGAGCUGGUGCUCAUGAGCACGUUUGUGCCUCAGGCUCCGCUCACGGCAGCCCAGUUCCCCCAGCUCGGUCAGUUUCAGGUGUUCACGACUGAUAGCAUUUUGCAGCUUAUGCAGAACGCUCUGCAGAACAUUGUCAACAGCGUAUCACCCACCGCGAAGCCCACUAUGGAAGCUCUGGACGCAGCGCGGAACGAGGAUGGCCCCGCCUCCCCGCACGUGUUUGACCAACAAGAACUUUUCGGCCCCUUGUUGAAGCUAGCGCGCUCGGACAUGAAAGAUCGCACGUUGACAGGCAUGCUUGAAAUGCUCAACGCAUGUGGCCACCUUCUCAGCAGUGGAUGGCCGCUGAUUUUAGCUGCAGUACAAGAAGCUUGCGAAAAUGGAGACGGCAAGACCCAGGUGCUGGCCUUCAAGUGCUUGCGCCUCAUCGUGGAUGAUUUAGUGGUGUCCAUUCCGAGCAGCUACCUUCCCGACUGCAUCAAGUGCAUUGGACGUUUUGGAAGUCGCGCCAAGGAUGUCAACAUCAGUCUUACAGCUGUGAACGAACUGUGGAGUGUGGCGGAUGUGAUCGGGAAGCAGAAGACACGUCAAGAGAGUGACCCCAGCAAGCGGAAGCAGGGGCAGUGGGGGUAUAUUUUUGCCGAGUUUAGCUCUGUUGCGCUGAACGAGCGAGCUGAAGUGCGAAACAGCUCCAUUAACACCCUGUUCGGCACGGCGGUGACGUACGGCGCUCAGUUCGAACUGAGUGAAUGGCAACUGUUUAUCAACUCGACGGUGCUGCCACUUGCGGCGAAGCUGUGCGAGACGCAGAGAAGGAAGAGCACGAGCGCGCGUGAGAAGGAAGAGGCCAAGGGCGGAGCCAACUAUAUGCUUCAUCACUCACGCGACAACGCGGAGAAGCAGUGGAAUGAGUCGCGGGUGCUGAUGCUGACGGGAAUCAGUCGCGUGUUGGAGACUAAUUGGCAUUAUCUGCUGCAGCACACGUCGUGGUUCUCCACCAUUUGGCGCGAGCUGCUGCAGCACGUAGCGCUGAACGCGGCUUUCGGUAUGCCCAAGGAAGUGGUGCUGGCGUCUGUGAAGACACUGCAAACGCUCCUGCAGGUUUCGUCCGCCGGCGAUUUUGACCACAUUGCGCAGUCGCAGCCUGUCCGUGCCGGAGUGGGUAUGCGUGUAGUCGGAGGCGCUCUUGUGCCCACGCGGGCGACUUCUGCGCCGGUAUAUCGCGACCCUGUGAUAUGGGAAGAAGCGUUCGCGCAGCUACUGCGUCUGUGUGACGAGCGACAAAUAGCGGCAGCGCAGGACAGAAAUCCUGUCCUGCCGUGGAUAGAAGACGAGGAGCAGGAGAUUGCGAGCGCAGUGGUGUCGGUGUUGGUGACGCUCUACAUUCAGGCGAAGGAGUACGAGUUUAAAGACUUGCGCAAUGUGGAGAAGAUGUUGGAUCUCUUCGCGACUCUAAUCUCCCGCCACGUGCUUGGCACCCCUGCGAUCGGCAAUGGGGCAGUGACGAAGGCGAUAACCAACAUCACGACGAACAGUUUGCAGUCAAGGGUGUUGAACGCGUUCGAAGAGUGCGACUCGUUCGCGUCUCACCCGGAUGUCCACACGAAGAUAUUGGACCAACUUGUCGGGUACGUGACUCACGUGUCGAAGGAGGCCAAGGAGAAGCGGUUCCUUUCGGUUCUCUUCUGCAUCCAGCCAUUCCUGAAGUUCGGCGAUGGCCUCACCACGCCCGAGUCGAGUCCGUCCCCUUCUCCGGAGAAGCCAAUGACAGCGGCGCAGAAGGCAGCGACGCAGUUGUGGAAGCACGCGCUGCGUGUCUUGCUCGUCGUUAUCUCAAGUGGUUUGGCGGCCGUCCGCCUGGCCGAGGCGUGCUGGAGACCGCUGCUGGAAACGAUUGCGGGCUUCGUCCAGCCAAAUGGGGGCAAGUUCCCGUCGUGCGUUCAGUCGGAGGAGGACGAAGUGCUGGUGCUGAGUGUACUGGAGUGCGUGGUGGACAGUACAAUUGCGCUCCUCAGUGAUGGCAACGACCUCAAGUCUCACGUCGGCCAGCAGUACAACGCGUUCAUCGGCGACCUGGUCGCUUUGCUCUGCUCGGGGAUCGACGCCGUGGAGCACAACAAGGCUAUUAUCCGGUGUUGCGUACGUCAGCUGACCACGAUGUGUAUUCAGAUGGCGGACCAAGAGCUGGCUGCGUUCGCGCGCGCUCGGCUGGUGGCGUGCUGCAACACGGCGUUGCUCGUGGCAGCUCGCGAGAGAGUGGUGGUGCUGCUGACCAGCGCGCUGGAGGUGGACAUGCAGCCGCGCAGUCUGAUGGAGAUGUACCAGGCGCUGUGCGGCUGCAUCUCGUCGUCCGACCUGGAGGUGCGGCAGCUCGUGCAGCGACUGCUGCUCAGCGGCAGGCUCUCUGAGUGCUGCUUAGAGCUCAUGGACUCUUGGGAGCGCCAGUCUCAUUAG